AUGGCGGCGGCCGCGCCCCGGCGCCCGGCUGAGGGCAGGGUGACCUUUGAGGAUGUGACCCUGUACUUCUCCUCGGAGGAAUGGGAGCUCCUGGAUGAGGCUCAGAGACGCCUGUACCACGAUGUGAUGCUGGAGAACCUGACACUGAUAACCUCCUUGGGUUGUUGGCAUGGAGCCCAGAAUGAGGAGGCUCCUUCUGAAUUCAGAAAUUCUUUACAAGGAGUGUCAGAGGUCAGGACUCCCAAGGCCAGUGUGUCUUCUCUGGAGGCCCAUCCCUGUGAGCUGUGUGGGGUGGACGUGGGAGACAUUUUGCACUUCACUGGGCACCCGGGAACGCAUCCUGGGCAGAAACUGUACAAGAUGGGGGCAUGUGAAAAACAGUUGGAUGUGAGCACAGAACGUGAGCAUCAGAAGCAGCUCAUGGGAGAGAUGUGCUUCCGAGGCCACGAGGAGAGAGCCUCAUUUGUAAAGGACUGCAAAUUCUGUGUGUCGGGGACAUCCGGUUCCUGUGAGGAGGCUUUGACGGACUUCCUGGCCAGCUCAGGAUUUCUCCAGCAUCUGGCCACUCACACCAGGGAGAAGUCAAACAGGGGAGCUGAGUGUGCCGCAGACUCCCACAAUGGAAAAUCUCUGUCUGAUUCAGAAUAUAUGAAAGGUUUUAAUUGCAAACGCAAGCUUGUUCAAGACCAGAGACUCCUCACCCGGGGAACUGGCCACUUGAGUAGUGAAUGUGGAAAAUCUUGUGGCAAAAGCUGUAGACUCGUUGACCAUUGGAGACCUCACACUGAGGAAAAGCCUUAUGAGUGUGGGGAAUGUGGGAAGUCCUUUAAGCAAAACUCGAGCCUCAUUCAACACCAGAGAGUUCACACUGGAGCGCAGCUUCACAAUUGUGAGUUAUGUGGAAAAUUAUUUAGCAACAAGUCCAACCUCAUUAAACAUGGAAGAAUCCACACUGGAGAAAGGCCUUAUGAGUGUGGGGAAUGUGGGAAGUCCUUUAGCCAAAGCUCUGCACUCCUUCAGCACCGUAGUGUUCACACAGGAGAAAAGCCGUAUGAGUGCAGUGAAUGUGGUAAGUUCUUUACCUACAGCUCCAGUCUCCUAAAACACCAGAGAGUUCACUCUGGGUCCAGGCCCUAUACCUGCAGUGAAUGUGGAAAAUCCUUUACUCUAAAGUCCCGCCUGAUUGAUCACUCCAGAGUUCAUAGUGGAGAAAAGCCAUAUAAGUGCACUGAAUGUGGGAAAUGUUUUAGCCAAAGCUCUGUGCUUCUUGAGCAUCAGAGAAUUCACACUGGAGAAAGGCCUUAUGAGUGCAGUGAAUGUGGGAAAUUAUUUACUCACAAUUCUAGUUUCUUAAAACACCAGAGAGUUCACACUGGGGAAAGGCCUUAUGAGUGUAGUGAAUGUGGAAAAUUCUUUACUUACAGCUAUAGUCUCAUCAAACACAAAAGAAUUCACACUGGAGAAAGGCCUUAUGAGUGUAACCAAUGUGGGAAAUCUUUUAGCCAAAGCUCUGCACUUUUUCAGCAUAGGAGAGUUCACACCGGAGAAAGGCCUUAUGAGUGCAGUGAAUGUGGAAAAUUCUUUACUUACAGCUCUAGUCUCAUCAAACACAUAAGAAUUCACACUGGAGAAAGGCCUUAUGAGUGUAGCCAAUGUGGGAAAUAUUUUAGCCAAAGCUCUGCACUUUUUCAGCACCAGAGAAUUCACACUGGAGAAAGACCUUAUGAGUGCACUGAAUGUGGGAAAUGCUUUACUUACAGCUCUGGUCUCUUAAAACACCAGAGUUCACAUCAGAGAAAGGCCUUGUGA